UUCCGCUGUAAAUAAACCAAACACCCUAAUUUAAGAAAUGCACUUAUUUAGAUUAUUUUACCCCCUAAUUCUGGGUACCAAAGCCCCUAAAUUAAAUCUUUUUCAAACAGCGUGGGAAAGCGGGCUUGCUGGCGAGCCAAGAGAGAGAAGAGAGACGCAGGAACAGGAAUGCAUUCCUUCAGCUUCCGCACGAAUGUAAUCGUAACGAUCGCACUUACGAUUCUAGCGGUCAUCUGCGCUCUGCAACAACUUGAAUGUUCCCUCCCCCACUGCCGAUCUCAAGGUCAGCUUAAAUUUGAACAUAUCAGCUGGUCUGCAAUCUAUGUUCACCUGGAACACAAAACAGAGGAUUUGUUCUUUAUAAACCGGAAAAGGAUUUGUGAUUCUGCUGCAAUAGCCAAGACGAGGGUCUAGAUUUCAGGCCAUUGUUGAUGCAAGCAGCAGCAAAAACAACAACAACAUCAAGCCUUUAUCCCAUUACAUGAGGUCGGCUACCUGAAUUCUUUUUCUCCAUUGUCGCUGUAUGCAAGACAACAAGUUUGGUUAUCAAUUAGCUAGCCUCAUUUACUUUAAGCAUGAAGAAAUAUGUAUAUAGAAUGAUAAUAUACGUGUAUUUAAAGUUUCAAAUGAAGGUUCUGGUGACACGUCACUUCAUUAAGAGACUCACUAUGUAGACGUUGAAAUUCAAACUUUUGUUGCAAUUUUUCUUGAUUAAAAUUCGUGUGCUAAAGCAAGCCAUAAUGUUCUGAUUUGGUCAUUUUUGACCAAUGACCAAAAUCGUUUAUUAUAAAACCUCUAGAUUGUUAUGCUAAUCAUGAUCUGCACUGUCAGUUCAAGUUGGAUCUAUCAAAUCGGAUUGCUUUUACUGUCAAUACUUUAUCAUUGUAUC